AUGAAGCUAAUCUUGGUAACUUUAUGUGUUAUUUUGGCCACGGCAGCGGCGUAUGAACAAUCGGAUAUUAUUUCUGCAAGAAUAGAGACCUGUCGAGGAUGCUCCUUAAAUCGUCUGCCAGAAGUGAAAAGAUUCGUGAUGGAUGACGCCCCCUUUUACGAGCGUUUACAAGUCAAAUUCAUCUCUGGCGCGCCCCCUGAACUAGUACUGCUCGGUAACGAUGAUAGGGAGCUCGAACGUAUCCUGCUAUCGGAGCUAUCCCGUCAAGAGUGCAAUGAGCUGGUUCAGGCCAGGGGGUUUACAAAAAAGAAGGAUAAUAAGGAAUUAUAA